GAUCGCCGAUUCCUCAUGUUUUUACCCACAUUGCUUAUACUGCUAAUAUAUAUUACGAUUUGUUGUUUUAAAGAAUUUAAAAUAAUCUUUGAAAUAUUCCUUUAAAUAACUUUUCUAAUUUAAAAUCAUUAUUUGAUAGAUUAAAUGUUAACCGAAUUCGAUUAUUUUUGUCUUUGGGGAAAGUUGCGGGAACAAGGUGGAAUCUUAAAAAACUAGGAGCUUUAGAGGGAACGGCAACAGAAAAUAAGGUCUGCUGAUUUAUAUGAAAACAACUGUGCUGUUUAAUUUAGCGUCUUACUUGUCUCUAUUUUUGUAAUAUAGCAUUUAUCCUAAAUAUUCCCCUUUGUUAUUGUAUAUAAGUAAAAAGGACAAUAAAUUGACAUCCAAGUUUGGUCUAGCUUAAAGCAUCACUGGAUUGGCGAUAGGGGAAAUGCAGACUAGAUCGCGAAAUUACGGUGCCCCGCAUUAACAACCAGUUGUCUAACGGUCACAGAAAGCUGUUGGCAGCUGUGGGAUCGUAUGCAUAAUAUUCAAGCGAGCAUGGAGGACAGCGUGAACACGUUGUUACACGGCGAUGACACAGAAAUGUUAAGGGAAAAAUUGGCUUUACUACGGAGAGAGUACAACCGAACUGUUCAGAGAUUACGGCGUGCUGAGCGCUCUGAGCUUGUGCGGAAACACGUGAGGAGCAGGAUUGCAGAACAGAAUCGUUCAGAAGUGGAACAGAGUACUGUUACUUCAUCUGACCUAAGUGUUUCCAAGGUGGAAACCCUUGCUUCUGUUACUCCGAGUGACUCUGAUGUCUACUGCAGGGGUAUGGCUGUCCGGUUCAGUCUGCCACCUGAAACCUACAGCCUGUGCACCCGCCCUGGGGACCUUCCUGGUUCUGCUCCCCUCUCUGACAACCACGCGGUCGACCAGGCAGGAAGCCCAACAUCUGGCCGCGGCCACCGCCGCCAUUCGGCCCACCGGCUGCGGUCACGGCGGAGUUGGCUGCGCUGGGAGCAGAAGGAGCGCUCAGACUCUCAGAGGAGUGAGAGUGGGGAGAGUUCCACCGGCCAGGGGGAUGGUGAGAAGAUGGAUUCUCUCUUGGUCCCUGUCCUUGCUGAGGACUGUCAGCCUGAGGUCCUGUCCUGCAGCAAGGAGGCAGGCUUUCAGGGUCCUAGUGCCCAGGAGAAAUGCAGAGGAAGGGAAGAAGGACUCGAUAAACCAUUCGAUAGGUCUGUCUCCACCCAGGGGAGUCUGAAAGACAACAACAGUGUGGAGAAGUGUGAGUCCUUAGCAGACUCCCUGCUGGGGGAAACCAUGCUUUCUGAAACACCAGAGAUUGAUUUUAGCACCACUAAACCCCUGUCCGUGCCAUCCCCCUCGAGGCCAUCAGAUGGCAAUCCAACGUCGGACGAGGCCGGUGAGCAGCGAGGCUCAAGCCCCCCACCCCCGGCAUCCGAUUCUGGGGAAGUGGGUUGCCUGGACUCCUGCACCAUGAUCGAAGGGCUGCUUUUCCCGGUGGAGUACUACGUGAGGACCACGCGGAGGAUGGCGUCUGCCCAGAGCCACGUAGACCUGGGCGCCGUGAUUCAGAGCCAGCUGAGCCACGGCAGGAAGGGCAGAGGACGCCGACGCCGGCCGGCCGGGGGUGUGACCCGUGACAGCCAAACAUCUGAGGUCACUUUGCAGCCCCAAGCACUGGGUGCUGAAGGCGAGGACGAGAGCCAGGUUCCUCCGGAACCAAAGAGCUGCCAGAACCAUGAUACUGACUGUGCCGUCUCCAGACGGUAUGCAGGUCGGCGCCAGAAAGGGGGCGGGGCAGGGAGGGGCCGGGGCAGGGCCGCCAGAAAGCACUUUAGCCCGCCGACUAAAGUGGGAACAACAGGGCCUGACAUAGCAGCAGAUUUAAUAUCUCACACAGGAAACGAUGUUCAGACCGCUGAGAAGGAGCUGUACGCUAUCUUUCGGACAAAUGGCAGAGCAAAAAUGUCAGGGUUUAAUAUUGGUGAGGACAGUUUGCAGAGGGGACAGACAGGUACAGAUCUAUGCGACUCGCUGCUGCUCCAGCCUCCUGGUCCUGUGCAGCAACCCCUGCGUCCCACAGUGCCCCCGUCUGGUGGAGGUAACUUCAACCUGCGUGCCCUCCUCUCCCGCUUCGACGUCAAAGACUUUCACCUUCCCGAUGAUGAGUUUGGGAGGCUCAAGCUGGACAAGCUUCGAUCGUCAGCCACAGCGAGCUUAGACGCCAGCCUGCCUCGUCAGUCCCCCUAUAACACUCGUCGAGGGGCAUCCCGGACCCCUUUAGGGGCUGACCGUCACAAGUCAGCUGGAAGCUCUGGAGGGCCGGUUGGCAGCCUUGCUGGGACGAAUUGCCAGCAGCACAUUCAGGUCCUGCCCAAUGAUGCCCCCCCCCAGCUCCCUAAGGAACUGAGGUCAAGGAAUAGUACAGCCCAACAGACUGCGACUGCAACCAUGAGGAGCUUCAGGGUCAGGCUUCCAGGUGGAAAACAGGGCAGGAACAACUUCUCUGAAGACGGAGAAGAUGGCAGAGUACCUUCACCGGAGUCUAGGUCAAGUCAGCUUAAUCCUGUGGUUAGGAACAGCCCAGGUUCCUCCCUGGGUGUCAGGAUGGGGGAGGGAGACAGAGGGGGUGUCGCAAAUUGCAUGGAAGUGGAAGGGGGUGUGGAAGCGAGUCCUGCUGGGAUGGCUCUGUCUCCCUGUGUGCUAAACUUCAGCUCUUCUACUCCUGCACACAAUGAGAAAAGUGAGAGGCCCGUUCUGCCCUUGUUGGGAAGCCCUACAUUCCCCUCCCUGGGGGUCACGCCCGCCUUCUCCGCACACUCCAGCCUGCCUUCACAGAACUGCUCGGCCUCGACUCCCCUGAAAGUGCAGAGUCCCGUCGCCCGGCAGGCCACACCCUCCACGUCACGUGACUCGCAGAGGCACAGGGCAGCCUCUAGUGGAGGCACACCGCCGUCUCUGCUUUGCCAAUCCCCAGAGGAGCUAAUCCAGUCCCGGAACCCCCUUCCUGCUGAGGUGGUACAGCAGAAGGUUCAUGCGAUUGAGGUGUCGGCGAAUCAGAGUUAUUCACCCAAAACACUUCUGCCUUGCUUCUCUGACUCUCUUUCCUCCUCCAUCCUUGCCAGUAUUACUUCUCAGUGCCGCCAGUCUGCUCCCAGUCCCUCCUUGGACCGCAGUGACAUAGAUUCCUCACCCCCCUUCGGCGCCGGAGAGGACCCAUAUACCCCCACACCCCAAACCACCCUCAAAGAUGGAUCUGCCCCCAUGAAAGGGCAUGUGGGCAAAAGUCCUCUAGCUGAGACACCUUCAGGGGUGGAUCUGGCACCUUCUCUGUCUCCAGGUUCCUCCCAGAAGGGGGACAACGUCGAAUCUUUAAAUCCCAGUGGGGCGGUCCUGCUGUCUCCAUCCCAGGACUGUCCGGAGGCUGGAGAGGGCGAGGCUCCCUGCCUUGUGAAUGCGGAUGGCAGUAUGGGCGGAGCAAGUAGGGAUUCACACAGCGAUGUGGAGCCUCUGCUUCAGGCUGCCAGCGUGGAUAAAUGCUCACUGGGAGAGCAGUCACUGUCUCCAGGAACGGAAGCUGCAGACCAAGACCUGGACAGCUACUUCACCGACUCUGUCUGGCCGCCCUGGGGGCAGGCGUCUUCGUCCCAGGGGCCUUUGGGAAGGCAGGCCGAAACACAAGGCAUGGCGCCCCCUACAGAGCGGAGGUCACCUGCUGCUGAUAUCCUGCAACUUAUGCACACUCUGAAGGCUCCCGCAGGCCGCUGCCUGGUGGACGUAUGGGGUGUCCGCAUGGAGAUGGGCUGGAGUGUGGUGACAGCAGAGGAGUGGGCCGUGUCCUUGUGGCAGCAAACCUCUCCUGAACAGUGGUGUCUGCUCCACACCUGGCCUUUCACUGAGCACCCAGUCAUUGCCCUGCUUCCUGUGCCAGAUGCCCCGGGCCUUGUUUGUGCUGCUCUCGGUCAACUGGAGAUCAGAGAGGCCAGGAUCCUUUCCUUCGUCAAUGCUGGAGGCCCGUUCUCCCAGUCGGUGCUGUGCACUGGGGAGAUCCAGGCAGUGCUGGGGGUGUCUGAGGGCAGACUGGUCUGCUGCGCCUCCUCUGGGUCGACUCAGACGGUGACUGUGGCCCAGCUGACGAAGGACGGCAGGCCGCAGAAGUCGCUCUCACUGGUGUCUCCUGGGCAGGGUGUCCACGCUCUGGCCCCUGUGGAAGGAGAGCCGGACGCUCUAAUUGGCUCCACAGACGCCGGCCAUCUGCUCCUCUGGAAUAUGAGGACUGGUAACCUGCUGCAGAGUUUUGCCCUGGGGGAGUGUCUUCUAGGAGCCACGUGUCUAAGAGGAUACUCAGAGGGUGGUGUCCUGUUCAUGUUGCUCCAGCAUAAGUUUCUCAGUCAGGAAGAUGGCGUGCUCUUCUCUCUGAUCGCCACAAACCCCAUCACGGCUCGAUACGUCUUGGCCCACAGCCUGAUCCAGCCUGCGCUGUGCUUAGGGAGGUUCACGGAUGUGGACGUGUGUGGAUCGUCACUGGCGGUGGCAUUCCAGUGUGGGACGUUGGCUACAUGGGAUCUCCGCCAGUGGGACUUGCUGGCCAGGCUGGCCCGUGCCCCAGAGGAAGGCUGUAAUGUUGUUCGCUGGGCAGGUCCCAGCUCCCUGCUGAUAGGAAACCUCAGUGGAGAUGUGUCCCUAUACCAGUAUACAGGAGGGCACUGUGCUGCUAAACCAGAGUAAUGCCUCUUCCUCACCUACACACAUAUGUACGCGCACACACACACUGCACCGGUAUUCAGGUCUGCAUCUCACUUCUUCCCGCUGCUAAUAGUUUGCAUGUUUGGGACUUGUGUUGCAUCAGUGCUUUCGCUCUACACAACAGCCACUGAGCAAGAAAGACACAUUCUUGUUCAAAGUAUUUUAACUUUUUACGCAAACCAGAGGACAGUUUUAAAAAAUGUUCUGUGCUUUGAGAUUCUGUAAUCAUUCAGUUGAAGAGCAGUUCAGGUCUCCCAAACUAGUUCUAAAUGCCUUCCAGACCUCUCCAAAAGACACUGAUAUAAGCGGGAUGUUUGUUUUUAAUGCCAUUGAUUUGGAAUGUCAUUUUAAUUAUUAAUACAAGUACAGCUAUUGAUAGCAGGGUUUUCUGUUAUUUAUAUUGUGUUAUACACAGAUAAAACAUAAAUGUUUAGUAAUAAGAUAAAAGUAAUCUUUUCAAAAAACAAAAAAAACA